AUGGAGAGCUCGCACGACCUUGGCUAUUCCGAAGCAGAUUUGCUCAACUCACUGCAGACAACAUCGCUCGGCUACCACUCCAGCAUCACUACAGAGGAGCUUGAGAACCUGCAAAACUUGCUCGUAGAUGAAAAUGUGCUUCCGACUGAGCAUGAUGUGCAAUACAACAGCCUGUCAGACUAUCCAAGUCAACCGCUGGAGAUGAUAGCGCCGUGGCAGGCACACGCUCCUCUCGUCGAAUCUCAAGCGAUUCCUGUCCCGGCGCUGGCCUCCAACCAGACCUUGCCGCGCCGGAGAAGCCGGUAUCUACGCAAUGGAAGUGCACGCAAUGCAUCUAGCGAGCCAGUCACUCCUGCUCAAUCGAGCCUCAACCCGAUGCAGCGAUGGCAGGAAUCUCCGCCAGAAACCGAGGGCGCUUCCUUACUCGCCAUUGCCGGGGCCUUGAGAAAUAGUCCCCGGCACACCAGGUCUGCAGAAAGGUUGAAAACCAAGAGAUGGAGUGUAGCAACUUCAGAUACAAGCCUCGACAGUGCCGACACGGGCUGCUCUUCCCAGUCUAUUGCCUCAUCUAGGUCAACUACAUCACGGAGAGAAAAGCCAAGAUCGAGGCAUGCAUCGAGGGCACGAACAACACUCAACCGGUCCAAAUCCGGUGCCCAAAACGGUCGCAUAUUCCAGUGCACCUUUUGUUGCGACACAUUCAAGAACAAGUAUGACUGGUCCCGGCACGAAAAGUCCUUGCAUCUCUCGGUCGAGAGAUGGAUUUGCACACCAUUCGGGGGCGCUAUUGUGUCGCCAUUGACUGGCCAGAACCACUGCGUGUACUGCAACCUGCCUGAUGUGUCCCAGGAGCAUCUUGUGAAAACACAUGCACAUGGCAGUUGUGAAGGCGAAAACCAGGUACGAGAAUUUGGUCGGAGAGAUCAUCUCGUCCAACACCUGAGGCAAAUCCACAAGAUAGAUGCAGCCCCGGCAUGCAUUGACGACUGGAAGGUUGACGCUCCUCCCAUUGCCUGCCGCUGCGGUUUUUGCAACACACAGUUAAACAGCUGGAAAGAGCGGGCGGAUCAUCUCGCCCGUCAUUUUCGGGAUGGGUCAACCAUGGACGACUGGCAAGGAGAUCACGGGUUCGAAAAGCCAAUCGCCUCACAGGUGAACAAUGCGAUACCCCCAUAUCUGAUCGGAGCGGAAUCCCGCAGUCUGGUGCCAUUCUCUGCCACAUCCUCCCGUACCAAAGAUCAUUUGCACCAAAUUAUGAAAUCUCAUGAUGAAUGGGCAGCCGAGCUGGGAGGGGGUGAGAGCCAUCAGUCGAACCCGAUACCAAAUCAGGAACAAGUUGACGAGACCGGGGCUCAGCAAUCUGAAUCUGCGGUAUCCAAGAAUUUUGUGCAUUUCCUCACGUCAGGGCUCGCACGAUUUGCUCGUCAACAAAUGAGCCUCGGCGUUGUUCCAUCAGAUGAAAUGUUUCAGAAUGAAUCGAGACGACUGGUGUACGGCAGCCAGGAUGGAUGGGAUCAAACCAUUGCCGACAACAAUCAGUGGCUUUCUACAUUCAGAUCCACACAUUUGGGGCCCAAUGAUGAUAGCCAAGGUUCUGGGCAUGGGAAUAUGACUUGA